GUCCAUGUUCACAAAAGAAUGGGUUUCCAUUCAAGGUGGCCAUUGGUGGGACAAGCACCAGCGGCGCUUUGUGUGAUCAGCAUGCUACUGUGCCUGCCCCUGGCGUCGUGCACAGCCUGCCCUCAGAAAUGCCGCUGCGAGGACCUGCAGUUUUACUGCGACACGCAGGGGCUCCUGGCGCCCCCGGACAGCGUGGACAAAGGGGCGCUGGGGCUCUCGCUCCGACACAACAGCAUCGGCGAGCUGAACCCUGACCAGUUCUUCGGAUUUACCCAGCUGACCUGGCUCCACCUGGACCACAACCAAAUACUUAACGUGCAUGAGGACGCCUUUCAGGGCCUCUACAAGCUCAAGGACUUAAACCUGAGCUCUAACCGUAUCACUAAGCUGCCCAACACAACCUUCAUCCACCUCAUCAACCUCCAAAUCCUGGACCUAUCCUUCAACCAGAUGACCGCACUCGAGCCGGAGCUGUUCCACGGGCUUCGGAAACUCCAGAUCCUCCACCUGAGGUCCAACUUCCUGAGGACCACGCCGGUCAGGGCUUUCUGGGACUGUCGGAGCCUGGAGUACUUAGGUUUGAGUAACAACCGGCUUCGGAGCUUGGCUAGGAAUGGAUUUGCUGGGCUUAUAAAGCUACGAGAACUCCAUUUGGAGCACAACCACUUGACCAAGAUAAACUUGGCUCAUUUUCCACGCCUGGUUGCGCUGCAGUUCCUCUAUCUGCAGUGGAACAAGAUUAACAAUCUGUCGUGCACCAUGGAGUGGCAGUGGACCACUCUGGAGAAGCUGGACCUUACUGGGAACGAGAUACGUACGCUGACUUCUGAGGUGUUCGAAACGCUUCCCAAUCUAAAAGUCCUUCUUCUGGAUAACAACAAGCUGACCAGCCUUGAUUCCCAGACCAUGGUUAUGUGGAGGUCACUGAAUACCAUCGGCUUGUCCAGCAACCUUUGGGAAUGUACAAAAAAGAUUUGCAACUUGGCCAGUUGGCUGAGUAAGUUCAAGGGUCGAUGGGAGCAGUCUAUCUUGUGUUAUAGCCCCGAGUACACCCAGGGGGAGGAAAUACUGGACGCCGUUUACGGAUUCCAGCUGUGUCAGAACCUCUCGGCGCCGGUCGUUCUGAGCACCACGAUGGAAACUACCAUGCCGCAGCAGUUCAGCGGCUCCUUUUAUGGGAAUAUGCAGACGUCGACGCAGGACUUCUAUGCAGAGGAUUUCGGGAGCUUUACCCUCGUGACCACAACGACCACGACCACCACUCAGACCACACACACCACCGUGGCGGCCACCACGGAGGACAGGGAGGGCGUCACGAAGGACUACGCCCUGACGGACAACACGGUCCUCACCGAGAGGGUGAUCAUAGGUACUAUGGCGCUUUUGUUUUCCUUCUUUCUCAUCAUUUUUGUAGUGUAUAUCUCACGGAAGUGCUGCCCGCCGACCCUGCGCCGGAUCCGCCACUGCUCGGCUAUGCAGAACCGGCGGCAGAUGAGGACCCAGCCGGGGCAGACGAUGGGGGACCUGGCCACGCAGGUGCCGUACAACGAGUACGAGCCGGCGCACGAGGAAGGCGCGCUGGUCAUCAUCAACGGCUACGGGCAGUGCAAGUGUCAGCAACUGCCUUACAAAGAGUGUGAAGUAUAA